AAGAAAAUAAAGAUACUACAUGAUAUAAAAGGUUCCUAAAAUAAUAAUUUUAUCAAGAAGUGUUCCAACAAUGGCUGCGGCUCUAAUACUCUUGGCUGGUGUCCUCUCUGCAGUAGCGGCGGUGCCAGCUCCGGAGAGAAUCGCUGGUGGUGCAAUUACGACGAUUGCAUCAUAUCCUUAUGCUGCUAGUAUCGCGUACAACAAACUUGGAUUUGGUAACUUCAUUUUCUCCUGUGGAGGAUCUAUAGUCAGCAGCAGAGCCAUUCUCACGGCAGCCUUUUGUGUGUAUAACGACCAGAUCAACCGUUUCCGAGUGCGCGUGGGUUCGUUGACAACAAUUAGUGCCGGAAGCGUUCGCGAAAUCGAUUAUAUCGCUUCUCAUCCAAAUUACAAUCCAGUUACUAAUGAGCAUGACAUCGCGCUAGUUCAUGUAUACCCACACUUGCUAUUCUCUACAAAUAUCGCAUUGGGAUCUUUUGCUGAUGGUAGCUAUAUACCUCGUUACAAUCAAUCUGUUUGGGCUAUUGGAUGGGGACAGAUGAAUCAUGGUGGAGCUCUAUCCGACAGCCUUCGACGUGUUCAACUGUGGUUAGUUGAUAAUAAUGACUGCAGAAAUCGUUACUAUGAGCUGGAAGGUCCCAGGGUCACUCCUAAUAUGAUUUGUGCUGUUGGUUUUGAUCCUUCUGGAAGGGGACAGUGUCUGGGCGAUAAUGGCAGCCCCAUUAUUGAUGAUGGACUCAUUAUUGGUAUAUAUUCAUGGAGUCAUCAGUGCGCAACAGUUCGAUACCCUGGUGUGAAUACUUAUAUACCUAAAUAUUCAGAUUGGAUUAAAUCUCAGUACUAAUUUAUGUAAUUAUGAAGGUUACAAAAAAUAUUUAUUGUUUGUUAAAUAUAUAUUUUUUUCCUA